AUGCAAGUAAAAAUUAAAAACGAAUUUGGAAUCUUGAAAGAGAGAUUCUACUCUCUCAAAUCAAUCCCUAAAGCCAAGUGUCGAUGGGAAGAUAUAGAGAAAGCUGAAGUUGAAUGCCUGCAGAAGACAGGAUAUUCAGAGGAGUCUGAUGUAGUAGAUGGAUCUCAGAAUAUAGACGUAAAUACAAAGUAG